GCAACCGGUGUUUUUUUUUGCUGCAAGCCAGAGAUAGUCAGUCUUCCAGAUUUCUUAGCGGUUGCCUAAUCAAUUGUUUCUGAUUUAACACAAAACCACUCAACAUGAUUAAGAACGUUGUCUCCCUGGUGACUGGUGGCGCCUCCGGCCUGGGCCGUGCCACAGCCGAACGUUUGGCCAAGCAGGGCGCCAGCGUUGUGCUCGCCGAUCUGCCAUCGUCCAAGGGCAACGAUGUGGCCAAGGAGCUGGGCGACAAGGUGGUCUUUGUGCCGGUCGAUGUGACCUCCGAGCAGGAUGUGAGCGCCGCUCUCCAAACGGCCAAGGACAAGUUCGGACGUCUCGAUUUGACGGUCAACUGUGCGGGCACAGCAACCGCCGUAAAGACGUACAAUUUCAAUAAGAACGUGGCCCACAAACUGGAAGAUUUCCAGCGCGUGAUCAACAUCAACACGGUGGGCACGUUCAAUGUGAUUCGUCUGUCCGCCGGCCUGAUGGGCAGCAAUGCGCCCAACCAGGAUGGCCAGCGUGGCGUCAUUGUGAACACCGCCUCGGUGGCCGCUUUUGAUGGACAGAUUGGCCAGGCCGCCUAUUCGGCAUCGAAGGCUGCCGUUGUGGGCAUGACCUUGCCCAUUGCCCGCGAUCUGAGCACCCAGGGCAUACGCAUCUGUACGAUUGCGCCGGGUCUGUUCAAUACGCCCAUGUUGGCUGCGCUGCCGGAGAAGGUGCGCACAUUUUUGGCCAAGUCGAUACCGUUCCCACAGCGUCUGGGCGAGCCCAGCGAGUACGCCCAGCUGGUGCAGGCCAUCUAUGAGAAUCCGUUGCUCAACGGCGAGGUCAUCCGCCUGGACGGUGCCCUGCGCAUGAUGCCUUAAACGGAACAUGGGUUGCACUCGAGAUCAGUUUUGCAUUUAACGGAGCGCUUGCUAUGUGUGUGUUUUAUCCUCUUUCUCUCUAGUACAUAGGCUCAAAGUUUUUGUUUUUGCAUUCAUUUUGUAAUUGUAUAGAAUAAAAAUGCUGGGAUUUGAAU